UCAUUUAUACGAAAGAAAAGUAAAAAAGAGAAAACGAGAAAAACUGCAUAUAAAAAGAAAAUUGCUUUGUUAAAAUUGACGUGGAUAAAAAGAGAAUAUUAACUUAGUAAAAAACUGCUCGCAUUACUUUUCAGUGGGGCAGAGUAGUAGAAAAGAAGUUGAAAGAAAACAUGAAGAUGGCUGACGGUACAACAAUUGUACGUAGAAAUAGACCAGGAACUAAGGCGAAGGACUUCUGUCGUUGGCCCGAUGAACCCUUGGAGGAAAUGGACAGCACAUUGGCUGUACAACAGUAUAUACAACAAUUGAUUAAAAGGGAUCCCUCAAAUGUGGAACUCAUAUUAACUAUGCCAGAGGCUCAAGACGAGGGUGUUUGGAAAUAUGAACAUUUGAGGCAAUUUUGUAUGGAAUUAAAUGGUCUUGCAGUGCGUUUGCAAAAACAAUGUUCACCCUCUACUUGCACCCAAAUGACUGCCACCGAUCAAUGGAUAUUUUUAUGUGCUGCUCAUAAAACACCAAAAGAAUGUCCUGCCAUUGAUUACACCCGUCAUACAUUAGACGGCGCUGCUUGUCUACUCAAUAGCAAUAAAUAUUUUCCAAGCCGAGUUUCAAUAAAGGAAUCUUCUGUUACUAAAUUGGGUUCGGUAUGUCGUCGAGUUUAUAGAAUUUUUUCGCAUGCUUAUUUUCAUCAUCGACGUAUAUUUGAUGAAUUCGAAGCUGAGACUUAUCUCUGUCAUCGGUUUACACAUUUUGUAACAAAAUACAAUCUCAUGUCAAAGGAAAAUCUAAUUGUACCCAUCAAUGAGGAGGCUGAGAAUGCAGCGCCCGGCGAAAGUGAAGCUUAAAAUUCGAAUAUUUAAUUAUAUACA